AUGUAUAUUGUCGCGUCCCUUUGUCGCCUGAAGAAAAACAAUCUCAAGAAAAAGGAGAGGGAAACCAAGAGGGAUGGAUCCAUCCUUCGUAUAGAAAAUCCAGAUGACAUUACAUUUCGUCGGGGAAAUAUCAAGAUUCAAACAAAUAGCCAGAAUUCUUUUCGUGUGGGAGAUGUUGUGGAGCUAGAGUUUAAUGGUGACGUUGAAGGGAUAAUUAGCUUAACAGAGAGUGUAAAGUGGUGCAAGAGAACAGAGGGAGAAUUUCGUCCGAUCAGCUUACAGGAUGCACCUAUGAUCACUUUAGUACCUAUCGGCGGAAUAUAUUGCUCUCAAAUUUCUCGAAUUUUUUAUCACAUUGCACAAAAUGACACUGACCUUGAAAUCAUGUGUGAUUUGGAUUUUUGGUUAAAAAACAAAAAUAGAUGCGCCGGGGGAUAUAAUUCUCCAAAACUCAUGAUAAAUACAAGCAUUGAAGAUAAUGAAUGGAGAAUAUCACAGAUUAUAAUAUACGACAAAUUUGGUGUCAUCAAUCCUAACAAUUUCAGCAUAGAGGGAACUGGUAGGACGAUUCAUCUACUGUGUGUGGCUUCUGCUUUAUCGACUACAAAAGCGCCGGUGAUGAACUGGUGUGUCAGAAAGAAGGACCAUGUCACCUGGAGCAAAAUUGUUCUUCAAGAAGAAGAAAUAAAAGCUUUUGGGAAUAAUUCCGUGGAAGCUCUGAAAUUCAGCAGGAUAACUUACCAUAUCACACAAUAUGACAAAGUAGUUCAGUUCCUCUGUGAAAUUUCUGCAUCAUCUUUGAACUCGUGUGGUUCUGGAUUAAAUUUGGUAAACGUUACAAUUUCGAAAAACGAAGACAAAAUUCAAGAAAGAAUAGAUAUUACUGAAACGCAAGAGCCUAUAAUCACUAGUACCACAGUAUUGCCGCUGGAAUCAACUGAACAUCAAGGCAGAACAUAUAUUACUGAAACGCAAGAUCCUAAAAUCACUAGUACCACAGUAUUGCCGCUGGAAUCAACUGAACAUCAGGGCAUCAGUACUGUGUCAGUUUUGGCUGCCUUGUCAGUACUUUUGUUUGUCCUACUUACAGUAAUAGUUCUGUUAGUGAUUACAGCGUGCCGAAGAGGAAAAUUUACAUUCCUCGGUUUUAUAAUUAAGAUUAAACGAGAAAAAAAGGACACCGGAGAUGAAAAGGGGAAUGAAAAUAAAACAGAUAUUUCACUUCAAAAAGAAAGGAGGAAAAACAAAGACAGUUCAAAAAUUAAUAUUGGUUUUGAAAGACAAAGUAUUUACGAAAAUGAGGAUUUGAAGAAUGAAAAUGAUGCUUCGACUGUAAAAACAGAUAACGAAUCGUCUAAAUAUGAAGAGCUGAAAAUAAGAGAUAAUCAACAGGAGUAUGAGGAACUGAAUUUAUAGUAAAAAAAAUUGCAUCAAUUGCAAGAUGAUUCAUUGAUUGAUUGUUUGUUGUCAAACAAGAUGAAGGACAUUGACAAAUACGGUUAUGAUAA